AUGUCGUUUCAAGGCCUGAUAUCUGGUUCUGAAUGCGCCGUUCCAUCUAAUCCCUUGUCUCAAGUACUCAAACAUACGGAAGGAGACCGGAGCUUGCAACAGCUCCAUCAACUUCCUGGAACCUUGAACCCAACAUCAAAUGAGCAUGACGUUGCUCUCGCUCGCCAAUUUUUUGACACGAACCAGCAAGGCCAUGAAAUGGCACCCAGUUUUACAAUUCCAUAUGCUUUGGGGCCGGCUCGUAUGGAUACAAUGAGUGGGCCGCACUUGCACGAUGCGUGGGUGAAGGAACAACAGGGCAUACGCCCUUUCGAAGAGCUGGCGAACAACGCAGCUUGGGCGUCUGAGUUUGGAGGUUCCUACUCGCCUUCACCUUCAGCACAGCAAAUUAUGGUCAGCAAGCCAGAAUAUCAGCGACCCUCACUCAUGUCGGGAGUUGUGAUGCAUGGAGGCACUAUGCCAGUGACCAUGUACGGCGCGAAUAAUGUAGCGCAUUAUGGACUGAGCGCAAAUUUUAAUGUUGUGGAAGGCAAGGGAAAGGGAAAGAGCAGGGAAGCCGACUUCGAGGCGGCCUUCGCCCAAAUCGCCGCGUCACUCACUCCAGCGCAAGCCGAUGUAUCUGGUUUUGUAGAGAUUGAAGAUGAAGCGACAGACAUCGAAGAGUCGCUCAAGAACGUCUCCCUCAAUGUUAGCGAAUCCGACGUUGAACAUGGGACAGACUUCCAAAAGGUUUGGGAUCAGCUGCAGAAAUCAGAAUUGCCACCUCCGAAGGAAGAUCUUGCCAAGUGGGAAGCCGAAUUUUCUCAGUUGAUGAAUGCCCAACGGGACGAACUUGAUGACUAUGGCUCCGCCAUGCAAGAAGCAUGGGAGGGCGGCGUUGGGAAUUAUCAAGAAGGCACGCAUGGGGAGAAUCCCGUUCGUUUCGAUGCGGAAGGGAUUCCAAUGUUGGGCGAUUACGUCUUCGAACAGAACAACAAAUAUCUCGGUCAACCCCCCUCGUCUCGCUCACUCUUAGACGAUGCUAAAGCUCUUUUGGAACAAAACGGGUCCUUAUCUGAAGCCGCUAUGAUGCUGGAAGCUGCUAUUCAAGAGGGACAGCUGGGAGAAGGUGGUUUCGAGACUUGGAUCCUUUUGGGUGAGACGCGGAAUAUGGAUGAGCGAGAGGACGCAGGGAUGCGAGCCUUGACGCAUGGAGUGAAGCUCGCAGAAGAGGCAGGUGCCCCAGGUGCAGGAAUGCUGUCUCUGGCGAUAUCCUUCACAAAUGAGUCAUACGACCGUGCAUCCCACAGUAUGCUCUUACGCUGGCUAAGAGCUCGAUUCCCGACUUUGGUUGUGCCUGAAGAGACGAUCAAAGCCAUGUCUACUAACUCUGCAUGGGACACGCACACUCGCAUUACUGAAUUGUUUCUUGGUUUGGCCCGGUCGCAGCAUGACCAAGGCGUAAUGGAUCCAGACGUUCAGAUUGGCCUUGGCGUACUGUUUUACACCAAUGGUGAAUACGAUCGCGCGAAGGAUUGUUUCGCAACUGCCCUGGCGGCACGGCCAAAGGAUUACCUUCUCUGGAAUAGGUUUGGGUCCUCUUUAUCAAAUGGCAACAAGCCAGAAGAAGCUUUGGGAGCGUAUCGGGAAGCUCUUCAAAUCCGACCGACGUAUACCCGCGCGAUUUACAACGUCGGGGUAGCUUGUUUGAACAUCGGCGCUGACAAGGAAGCAGCAGAACACUUUCUGAGCGCAUUGAGCCUGCAGCAAUCAACAAGUGGAGAUACCAGUGACCAGCUGUGGUUUACCCUCCGCCGCGCUUUAUUGUCAAUGAAUCGGAUAGACCUUGCAGACCUGGCCAAGCCUGAAGCAAGGAGUAGCUUAGAAUUAUUUAGGAAAGAAGGCUUCGACUUUUAG